AUGGCGCAAAAGAUCUACAUACCUGACACCCUCGCCAACUGGAAGUGGCCCCCUCAUCUCAACCCCCACUAUCCCGAGGUCAAGAGAGAGUCGGCCGCAUGGUUGGCAAGCUUCGGCGCCUUCAGCCCUAAAGCACAAGAUGCCUUCGACCGUUGCGACUUCAACCUCCUGGCAUCAUUUGCAUACCCAUUGGCGAAGAAAGAGCACCUACGUAGCGGCUGCGACCUCAUGAACCUCUUCUUUGUCAUCGAUGAGUACUCGGAUGUAGCAGAAGCCGACGAGGUUCAAAGGCAAGCCGACAUCGUUAUGGAUGCCCUGCGCAACCCGCACAAACCUCGCCCGAAGGGGGAAUGGGUCGGUGGUGAAGUGACCCGGCAGUUUUGGGAACUCGCUAUCAAGACAGCUAGCCCGCAAUCCCAGAAACGCUUUAUCGCUACAUUUGACACAUACACCCAGUCAGUAGUUCAGCAGGCUGCAGACCGGACACACUCGUAUAUUCGCGACAUCAAGAGUUACUUCGAGGUACGACGGAAUACGAUUGGCGCCAAACCGUCGUUCGCACUCCUCGAGCUUGAGAUGGAUCUGCCGGACAAGGUCAUCGAGCAUCCUAUCAUUCAAGAUUUGUCUAUCUUGACUAUUGACAUGUUGCACUUGGGAAAUGACAUUGCCUCCUAUAACCUGGAGCAAGCAAGAGGAGACGAUAGUCACAAUAUCGUGACGAUCGCGAUGAAUCAGCUCAAAACGGACGUGGCAGGCGCCAUGAAAUGGGUGGACAAUCACCACAAAGAGCUAGAGAGGAAGUUCAACGAGAGCUUUGAGAAGCUGCCGAAGUGGGGAGAACCGAUCGACUCGCAGGUAGCGCGGUAUGUAGACGGGCUUGGGAAUUGGGUGCGGGCGAACGAUCAGUGGAGUUUCGUGAGCGAGAGGUACUUCGGCAAGAAGGGGCCGGAGAUCAUGAAGUCGCGAUGGGUGACGCUGCUGCCAAAGGAGCGCACGGAAGACAUCGGACCCCAGGUCGUCGAUGAUUCGUUACUUUAG